CCCUUCGCCGUGUUUUCUUGUCUUAUUUUGGGGCGGCUGAGGAGGGAAACGCUUCGCUCUCCGCGCCGGAGCCGGCGCCCGCCGUGGUGUGGAUGCGUAUGGAGGAGUCCUCGUGAAAGCAGCUCCCGACGUUUCCCCCCCACCCACCAAAAAAACACCCAAAAAACCCCCAAACCCAAACAAACCACCCACUUGGACAAUUAAAACGGUUUUUGGCAGUAUCCAGUGUUGCUAAGGGUGAUUUAAUUCCUACUUCCGGUCCGGUUCCCAGACACGGCUUUUCCAAGGUGCUUCUAAACACAGGAGAUGGUAACUGCUACGGGUAAAGAUCACCUUUAAAAGGGAACAUGGAUUUAAUAAACUCAACUGAUCAAAACAGUACAUCAGAACCGUUCAAAUGGGUGACAUCCAAGAUUCUCAUUUCCAUUACCCUGUCUGUGCUUGCUCUGAUGACAACGGCCAUCAAUUCUCUCGUGAUGACUGCAAUUAUUGUGACAAGGAAGCUCCACCACCCGGCCAACUACCUGAUCUGCUCUCUUGCGGUGACUGAUUUCCUUGUGGCGGUCCUGGUGAUGCCCUUCAGCAUUGUCUACAUUGUAAAGGAGACCUGGAUCAUGGGGCAGGUGGUGUGUGACAUUUGGCUGAGCGUGGACAUCACGUGCUGCACUUGUUCCAUCCUGCAUCUCUCUGCCAUUGCUCUGGACCGGUACAGAGCGAUCACGGAUGCUGUGGAAUACGCACGGAAAAGGACACCUAAGCAUGCUGCCAUCAUGAUAGCAGUGGUGUGGAUCAUAUCCAUCUUUAUCUCCAUGCCACCCUUGUUUUGGCGGCACCAGACGGCCAGCAGGGACGACGAGUGCAUCAUCAAGCACGACCACAUAGUCUCCACCAUUUACUCCACAUUUGGCGCCUUCUACAUCCCUCUGGCCUUGAUUCUCAUCCUCUAUUACAAGAUAUACAAGGCAGCAAAGACAUUUCACAGGAGGAGCGUCAGCCGGAUCGUGAGGGAGGAGGGGGUGAAUGGACAAGUCCUUUUGGACGCAGGUGAAAGAAGCACCAAAUCAGCUUCAAUGCCCAGCACGGCAGAGAAGACAUCAGAUCCCCUGGUGAACUCUGAUAAAAUCAACAUCACCCUACGAAGCCCCAGGUCUGAAUCUAAGCAUGAGAAGUCCUGGAAAAAACAGAGAAUCUCCAGCACAAGGGAGCGAAAGGCAGCAACUACACUGGGUCUGAUCCUGGGGGCGUUUGUGAUCUGCUGGCUCCCUUUUUUUGUAAAGGAAGUAGUUGUUAAUACCUGUGAAAGAUGUCACAUCUCAGAAGACAUGUCUGAUUUCCUAACAUGGCUGGGAUAUAUAAAUUCCCUUAUUAACCCUUUAAUCUACACAAUCUUUAAUGAAGACUUCAAGAAAGCCUUCCAGAAGCUUGUGCGGUGUAGGCAAUACUUUUAAGAGCUUUUGUUCGUAAAAGGAGAACAUACUCAUUGUUUUUUAACCUGUAUAAAUUUGUAUAACUAAGAUGACAGUUGUAUUUAAGGAAAAGCACCAAGACUCUGCAUUUACAUUAUUACUUUUUUUGUAUAAGUAGUAUUGGGAGCAUAAAUUGCCCAAGUUUUACAGAGAUGGAUCAUCUGGGAUCAGUUUUGCUCUAGAAAAAAAGAGGUAGCAUAUUGUGGCUCUGAUCCAGUUGGGAUUUGCACAGCUGCCUAACUUGAAGCAUAAGAUAUUACCUUAAAUAUGAAGGAAAUACACACUUGAAGUAGACAAAUUUUUUUAAAAAGUAACCCUCAAGCAUCAAUGAAAUUUUAGGUAAAACAACACACAGCUUUUAAACCCUACUAACAUAGAAUAGAAAAUACACCGUGGAAUCACAACAUGAUUUUAUCAGUAUGUCACAGACCCGCAGCAUAGGGCCAAGCCAUUCCCAGCAAAGGGUAGUAGCUUUAAAUAUAUCUAGCAUCAUCCUCUGUUGAUUAGCUGAGUGCAGCUCCAGCCCUGCCUUCUCCCACAGAUCAAGGU